AUGACCGAACUUUGCAAGGCAGGGCAGGAGGGCGAGAGAGAUCCCGGGAACUCCUGUUUCUUCCUCUAUUUGGAGCACCUUCUCCCCACGUUUCAGCCCGUCUUCUGUCUGCAGUCGUCGAAUUCCACCGCCAGCAUGUUUGUGGGUGGCGUGCGGAGGUUGUGGAUGGACAAUCCUCCUGUUCCACGUCCGCCUGCUGCCUUUCCUCCUUCCUCUUCCCCCGCCGCUUCGGCUUUAAUUCCUGCUGCUGCUGCAAAUGCAACAGCCACUGCGCCUCCCGUUGACCCUUCGCGUGCAGGCAUGCAAAAUCUAGUCCGCGUGCCUGUUGCGUCGUCGCCGUCAACGUGCCGGAUCCAGCAGAAUGACGGAGUCCCUUCUUCUCCCCAGCCUCCCCCACAACCGCAUCCACAAUCUCAAUCUCAGCCUCAACUUCCUCUAUCUCAGUCUCCGUCCGAUCCCUCCCCGAGCCUCCCGCCGCUGCGUGUUACUCAGUUAUCUCAACCUUUGACGACUCCUUUGCUGUCGUUUUAA